ACUGUAAGAGAAAAACGAAAUUACGAAUUUGUCGCAUUUUCAUCAUAGCCUCUUUUAGUUGCUGUCGUGACUUGUCCGCGGCUGCUGUUAUAUUGAUUUUCCCCAGAAAAUCGACACACGCGGUGAUAGUCGAACUCAAUUGUUGCGCGCAACUUUGAUAGUGGCCGCGCUGCAAACUUGUAGAUUUCUAUCUUUGUUACUGAAGCCAAUGAUUUAAUUUUUGAAAAACGACGUACUCUGUUUGAAUAAGUCAGCUAAAUAGACUGAUCUGUCUGUUCGGACGGCCAACAGAAAAGCUCAUUUGUCACAACGGACUACAACAAUUGUCUAUACGAUAAAUGCACUAAGAAUCUACGGCACGCAAGUACUAGUAUUAUUAACUUACCUAAAAGUUAAAUAUCAUUUAUUGGAUCUGUUUUCGGGAAAAACUUUAAAGCUUUGGUCACAGAUUACCCAAGAAGUAGAGUGUUGCGAGUUUUCUAGUGUACUUAUAUGUUGGAAUCCAGUGAGCGGAUGCCGUGCAUGUAAUUAAUAUCUACCAAAUACAGACCGAUAGAGGACGAAUCUGACGAGUGCGUCACUCCUAAAACUGCAAGAGCUUUCAUAGCGUCAUGGGCCUACAAACCCUACGAACAGACGUUAUAGGUGCUUUCCUUACCUUCGCGAUCUACUUCAGCCAAGCGCAUUUUACCUGCCUACAAUCAAGUACUUACGCAGGACACAUCACCUGCCAGAGACGAAAUCCUUACUGCCAGAUCGUUGACGACCAUCGCUUAGACGGACAGGAACGUCAAGAGAUUUUGUUAGCCCACAAUCGAAUCCGGCGGGAAGCAGCCAAAGGUUUUCUGCGAAGAUACGGACUGCCGGCUGCCGCAAACAUGAAGAAGCUCGAAUGGGACGACGAUCUAGCCAACAACGCACAGGCCCAUGUGGAGGUGACCUGCAAGCUAAAGCACGACCAUCCUAACCAGCGCACUACAGGUUCUUACUCUGAUGUCGGCCAAAACAUAUAUAUCACUGAAGUGUGGAAUCAAAAGUUGGAGCCGGACACCUGGGGCGUUGUUGUCGAGGAACUGUGGGGCCAUGAGGAAGCCGCGAAACUCCACACAAACUCUUUUGGCCGGCGUCUUACACUUCAAAAACACGAUCUCAAAUCUAUCGGGCAUCUCACCCAGCUUCUCUGGGCAGAAACCGAAAAAGUUGGAUGCGGUAAAAUCGUUUUCGAGGGCACAAAUGGGGCAACAAGUGAUUUGAGGACGUGUGAUUAUGGCGAAGGGGGCAACGUGAUCGGCGGCAAAAUGUAUAUAGAAGGCGUCGCAUGCAGUGCGUGCCCUGACUCACAUCCUUAUUGUGACGACGGUUUAUGCUCACGAAUUCCAGGAUAUGGUCCCACCCACUAUAGUUAUACUCAAUCAACUGAUCAGAGCUAUGCGCCUUCAUAUCAACCAGCGAUACAGCCCCGAAGAACUUCAUUUUGGUUGGCAGCUCCUGCGCGAAGAUUCUAUGCAGCCACUAACACGGCCCAUUACUAUACCAACAGCCGGAACUCGCUUACGCGAUACAACCCCUACGUACAACGUCAUCAACUGCCACAAUACGAUCAGAACACGCACAUCUACCAAGGAUACACCGUGUUACAGAGGAAGCGACGCAGGACAAUUUCAUCAGAUCGCGGUCAGCGACGUACCAGCAUUCUGUAGAGGCGUUCGAUGCUGCUCGAGUGCUAAAAAUGUGAUGGUUUGACCGAACCAAUUUAUAGUGCAUCGAGUUCUUUGGCUGAACCGAAAGAAAAAAAGUAACAUUGAUGACCUUAUUAGUUAAUGUAUGUGUACACGUGUUGGCUAUGCAAAGAAUGACAAUCGUUUUAUAUGUAACCGUAAAGCCAUUUAUGAUAAAUAGGAAGUUGGGUCGAAGACUCACUUUAUAUAAAGCCUAGCGCGCAUACGCAGCCUUAAGCAUGCAAAACACCGCCUUCGAGACGGGUUGGCAAAUUGCCCCGUCUCCUGCCUCCCCACUAUGUAUGGCCAGUUAAUUCUGCAUAGGUAUCUAUCUCGUCGUGGGUAAAAGUCUAUUGAUGGCUAGAAACGUAAGGAAAUAAAUGAGUUAUUGCUAUUUCAAGUUGGUCAGUUUUUAGUCUCAGGGUGUCCUUUACCUGUCUGAUAAAUAGGUAAUAACUUAGAACCUAACGCUGGCCCAAUGGCAUCGCUCUAUUUUACAUUUAAACGUUA